AUGAAAAAAACAUCAAAUGAAAAACAACUUGCGAGUCAAUUUUAUUUUGCUUGUCGUAAUGAUGAUUUUGAUUUAGUUAUGCGUCUAUUAAAUCAACAUCCAUUAGAAGAUAUUGAUCGAAUGGAACCAAAUGGAAGUACUGCCUUACAUGCUGCUUGCUAUUAUAAAAAUAUAGACAUUGUUAAAAUAUUACUUGAACGAGGUUUUACUCGACGUGUUGUAAAUAGAUUCGAUAAUACACCUAUGGAUGAAGCUAAUACAGAGGAACUUCGACAAUUAUUCUUAAGACCUAAAACAUCAAAUCGAUUUGGAGGUGAUAUAUCAUAUGAACGAGAGAAAUUAAUAUGGAUUUCAAUAGAUACAAAUGAAAAAAUUAUUAUUCAAGAUCCUAUAACAGAUUUAUAUAAAGGAAAUCGUUUAGACUAUGGAAUAUUUCAAGCUGAUAAUAUUAUUAAACAAUUAGAUGGUAUGCCUAAACUUGAUGUUAUUCAACGUUUUUUUCGUCGAGCUGUUCAAGAAAAAGAUUGUACUCGUUUAAUUCAAGCUUAUACAGCUGAAACAGAUUUUUAUAAUCAUGUAAAUAAUUAUCUUUUAUCAAGGCAACAAGAUAAUAGUCUAUCACAAUUUGUACAAAUAAUUUAUUUUAAUGAUUCAUUACAUAAAAAAUAUUCCUAUGAAGGAACAUGUUAUCAAAGUAUUAUUAUUGAUUCAGAAGAUCAACUUAACUUAUUUAAAAAAGGUACUAAAAUACUUAAUCGAACAUUUAUUUCAACAACUCGAGAUCGUCAGAUUGCCGAAGAAUAUAUUCUUGAUCGUAACAAUCAAAAUAAAUAUAUAGUUAUGAUGAUAUUCAAAAUUCGUCAUUGUUAUACAGCAUUAAAUAUAAAAGAUAUGUCAGAAUUUCCACAUGAAGAAGAAGUGUUAAUUAUGUAUGAUAAAAUAUUUAAAGUUGCAAAAAUUACUAAACAAAAUAAUUUUUAUAUUGAAAUUGAAUUACGUGAUUCAAAAUCAAACCAAAGAAAAUAA